AUGGUUUUUGUUGGAGGUAUCAGAGGAUGUAGUUCGGCAAAAGCUCCGGUGGUAGCACAUCAGAGGUUGUUUGAUCGGGGAAGGCUUGGGUUCGAGAGAAUGGUGUGUUUGGGUUCAGUUUCGUGCUUCGUCUGGAGGGAUUCGUGCUGUAGUGUCUGGGUUAUGGCAGAUCUUUAUUCGGCUAAGGUAUCGAAUUCAAAGGACGACGAGAUGUCAGAGCCUUGGGUGAUUGAUGGUCUCGGAUUUGGUCUAGUUUGUAAGCCUAAUUAG